AUGAAGCUCAACAUAUCCUACCCGGCCAAUGGGUCACAGAAACUGAUCGAGAUUGACGAUGAACGCAAGCUCCGGCCGUUCAUGGAGAAGCGCAUGGGAACCGAAGUACCUGGCGAUUCUCUGGGAGAUGAAUUCAAGGGAUACCUGUUCAAGAUCACUGGUGGAAACGACAAGCAAGGUUUCCCCAUGAAACAGGGUGUCCUGGUCCCAACUCGUGUCAGACUGCUCCUCAGUGAUGGUCACAGCUGCUACCGCCCCCGCCGAACAGGAGAGAGAAAGCGCAAGAGUGUUCGUGGAGCUAUCACCAACUUCGAUCUCAGCGUCCUCGCCCUCAGUAUCAUCAAGCAGGGUGAAGGAGAAAUCCCCGGUCUCACAGAUGUAGUCAACCCCAAGCGACUCGGCCCCAAGCGUGCCACCAAGAUCCGCAAGUUCUUCGGUCUGGACCCGAAGGAUGAUGUGAGAAAAUUUGUCAUCCGCCGUACCGUUACGGGCAAAAAUGGAAAGGAAUACACCAAGGCCCCUAAAAUCCAGCGUCUCGUUACCCCCCAGCGCCUCCAACGCAAACGCCAGCGGAUCGCUCUCAAGCGCCGUCGGGCUGAGUCUGCCAAGGAGCAAGCUAACGAGUAUGCCAAGCUGUUGGCUGCCCGUGUGCACGAGGAGAAGGCCAAGCGUACCGAACUUCGAAAGCGGAGAGCUUCGUCGAUACGGAAGUAA